AUGUACAGUCUUAGACAGCACUUCCUCACAGCUGCUACCCAAUAUUAUUCUCCACCACCUCGAUGUUUCCCUUUCAGUCAGACAGGACUGAUACCUCACACACUCCCUCGUUCGAACUUGGGUCAAGAACCAUUCCUCGGUGUCCCACUCGGUGCAGGGACAUUCAAGCGUGACGCAAAGUACGUGCUUUUAAUUGGAGAGGAAAAGACGUGGCUCGAUCACGUCGAUAUAGCCAACAAACGUUGGCGAAUAGGCAGAGUGAGCAAGUAUGGGAAGCAAAAGCGAGACGGGACGCCUGAUGCGACAGAGUGGGCGCUCGUGCAUGUCAUUUAAGACGUGAUCGUUGUC